UGGGUUUUCGGGACCAUCAACACAAAUCCAGAAAUCUUAGAAAAUUUUCCGGAAACAUCGAUCGACGAACUGGAAGAAAUUCAACUAGAACAACGAAGGACAAUGACCACUACCAUUAAUUCACCAAUAUUUGGAGGAUUGAUAACGGAUAAUGGCAAAGGAAAUAUAAUUUGGGACAUGAUCAACUGGGGAUUACUAAAAAGCGGAAAGCCACCAAACGAAAAAUGUGUCACCUACAAUGGCUUAGCAAACGUAUUAACAUUGGAAACCUGUGACCCAAAUUGGACACAAUGUCAGGAAAGCCUGAAAAAACUCAUCACCAGCAAUGACCCUCUUGUACAAACCCAAACAUCUGUAGCUAACUGUAGCCAGAGCAGUGGCAAAGGCAAAGCCUUUGAAUACUCAGCUGAUUUUACAAUAAGACCUUUUAACACCAACCAUUGUAUAAAGGCAAAUACGUCAAUGGUAGUACUACAGGAAUGUUCAGAUACCAGUUCCAUCUGGGGAACCUUCAAUCACACAGGACAAUUAAUGGCUACCGAUCGGACUGGACUACACACUCCAACAUCAGACAGAAAAUGUCUCAACCUAAUAACAGGAAGAUUAGCACUAGAAACUUCACGGCUGAUACCAUACAAAAUUAUCUCUAAACCGUCAACAACAGAAAGAAACAGAACAAUAGAAAAAGAGAUCAUCAUGGCAGAUGCUACAGAGAAGUGGCAAAUACCACCUGAAAAAGCUACCCCAAAUGAGGUUGAGGCAAGUGAAGCAUUAAAAUUAACAACACUGUAUGAAAAUAGGAAACCGGAGGCAAGGACAUACGAGUCACCAAUCAACGAAGACCCUAACUACGGAUUACCAAAAUCUAUCAACGAACUUUAUAGACACCUUAAAUUUGAAAUCAGUAAAAUGCACGAGCAAUACAAAAUUAGCAUGGAAACUGAACACGAGAACAAAUUAGCUAAGGAAAUCAGAGAUGUUUAUUGCCAGCUUUCAAAAAUUAAGAGAACACAGGCAAUAAACUUGGCGCAAACACACGGAAUAUUAUCAGCCGCCGCUUUAGGAUUACCAGUAUGCAGUCGACUGUAUGGUUUUGGACAAGCCAUGACCUUACAGCAAUGCGAACCAAAAAGGAUUUUACUAACUGCCAACGAAACAAAAUGUGGAUUCCAACCUUUUUUUAAUUAUGGAACAAGCGACUGCACAAUUGGAACGGAUGGAUGGUCAAUCCACCCGUACUCUGAGUGUUUUUGGAAAUCACAACUUGUAAACAUCAAUGGAUACCCUCAUGCUUGGGAACACAACGAAACAAACGGUGAUUGGGUUAGGCAGGAAGCCAACAUACACACACCGAAUUUGGACCUGAUCGCCGAAUUUGAAGAACUUCACUUAAACGACUUUGAUUUCGCCCUCAAGAGCCAUCCGGCCCACGAUACAAUGGAGACGGAACAACUAAAUAUACUGAAUGACUUAGUAGGAAGGUUACAAGAAGGAGAAACAAAAUCUCUAUCAAAUAUCAUCGUGACCGAAGAACAAGAUAAUCAAAUUGGGAAUAUGUUUUCUUGGUUCGACAAACUUAAAAUUAUGGGAUUAUCUUACAGUCCAAUAUCCGAAGAGGAUCAGCAAGAGGAGGUGGAAAUCAACCCUGAGGACGUAUUGGAAGAAAACCUACAAGAUCCUGUCCACUCAGAACCUACCAGAUCGUGGAACAACUGCAAAAUGAAGACGGUACCAAUUUUAUCGUAUGGAAGAGUAGGAAAAAUAAGAAUGGAGAACUUGCACAAGCCCAACUAA